AAAGCUGUACAAUAUUUCCCGUCAUAAAAGGAAGAGACUAAUUUUGACUGGAAGUCUUUCGUAAGAUUUAGUCACAUUCCACCACCGGGUAAUUAUAUAUUGUUGUAAUACAGGUCUCCACUACAGAGCAGGUUUCACUGGCUCUGAUACAAUACAGCCUGUUUUCUGAGUGAGGUAAAAUAGUUGUUUUUAAUUGAAGGACAGCUGACUCAAUUAUAUUACCUGUGACAUAUUAUAAGAUCAAAUAUCCCCUUUUUUUGUCAAUCCUUCACUCAUGUUUUAUGUCUCCCAGCCACCCUGAGCCCAGAAGUCCCGGUGUCCGACACUAGAGGCUUAUGGUACAGCUCGGUCCUUGUCUUGUUUUGGUUAGCUGGAUGUUAGCCCAUGCUUUCCGCUGUAGCCGGUGUAACUGUGAUGGCUCUCCCAUGAGACGGGGGAGCGGGACUGUGUUUUCUGACUUAACACUGAGUGAAGUGCCGUGGCCAUGGCCGGGGUUUUCGACAUCGAUUUGGAUCAACCGGAUGAGAAUGUCUCUGACGACGAACUUGAGGACGGGGGCCAGCUCAGUGAAUACAUGGACCAGUGCACUGGCUUUGAAUUUAACAUGGAUGACUGUGAGAAGUUUGAAAUUUCAGAGAACAGCGUGAACAAGGGAACAGAGCAGAUCAGGCCUGAAUGCUUUGAGCUGCUGAAAGUUUUGGGAAAAGGUGGUUAUGGAAAGGUGUUUCAGGUUCGGAAGGUAUCAGGUGCCACUUCCGGGAAGAUAUUUGCUAUGAAAGUCUUGAAGAAGGCCAUGAUUGUCCGUAAUGCGAAGGACACAGCACACACCAAAGCUGAGAGGAACAUUCUGGAGGAGGUGAAGCACCCUUUCAUUGUGGACCUCAUCUAUGCCUUCCAGACCGGGGGAAAGCUGUACCUUAUCCUGGAGUAUCUGAGCGGAGGGGAGCUGUUCAUGCAACUGGAAAGAGAGGGCAUCUUCAUGGAAGACACAGCAUGUUUCUACCUGGCUGAGAUCUCAAUGGCGAUGGGUCACUUGCACCAGAAAGGCAUCAUCUACAGAGACCUGAAGCCUGAGAACAUCAUGCUCAACAACAACGGACAUGUGAAGUUGACAGACUUUGGUCUAUGCAAAGAGUCCAUCCAUGACGGAACGGUCACCCACACCUUCUGUGGCACUAUCGAAUACAUGGCUCCAGAGAUCCUGAUGAGGAGUGGACAUAACCGAGCAGUGGACUGGUGGAGUUUGGGAGCUCUCAUGUAUGACAUGCUGACAGGAGCGCCUCCAUUUACUGGGGAAAACCGAAAGAAGACGAUUGACAAAAUCUUGAAAUGCAAACUCAGCCUUCCACCUUACCUCACACAAGAAGCCAGGGACCUCUUGAAAAAGCUGCUGAAAAGAAAUGCCUCGUUGCGACUCGGGGCUGGACAGGGAGAUGCUGCUGAGGUCCAGGCCCACCCAUUCUUCCGCCAUAUAAAUUGGGACGACCUCCUUGCUCGCAAAGUAGAGCCUCCAUUUAAACCGUACCUGCAAUCUGCUGAGGACGCCAGCCAGUUUGACUCCAAGUUCACCAGCCAGACACCAGUGGACAGCCCUGACGACUCCACGCUCAGCGAAAGCGCAAAUCAAGCCUUCCUGGGUUUCACAUACGUAGCCCCAUCUGUGCUGGAACAUGUCAAAGAGAAGUUCUCCUUCGAGCCAAAGGUGCGCUCGCCACGGAAGUUCCCAGGAAGCCCAAGAACACCUGUGAGUCCGGUGAAGUUUGUCGGAGGGGACUGCUGGCCCCGGGGACCCAAGCUGACUGGCCGCACCGUGGAGCAGCCCAUGGAAGAGCAAAUGGACACGUGCAGCAGUGGCGCCUCCGAGGCGUCUGCGCCACUUCCCAUCAGGCACCCUUCAGGCAUCAAUGCAGGACCCUACAAAAAGCAGACCUACCCCAUGAACUCCAAGCGGCCCGAACAUCUACGGAUGAACCUAUGACGCACGGCUCGCUUACAAACUUCCAAUUCCUCAUUCCCUUCCCCUUUGUUGUUUUGUUUCAAAGAGACUUGUAGAAUUUCUUUUUAAAUUGACUGACACUGUCAGUGCUGAUCACCAGCUCUUCCACUAGCGCCUUCCUAUCCCUCCUGACUCGGCCUGAUGCAGAUAAUCAGCAGUUGAAGUGCAGUAGCUACGGUCAGGAGGGGAAGUUGUGUGAGAGUAGCUUGUUGGCUGGGUAAUGCCUGCUGAUGAGUGUGCUGAGGUGGUUUUACUCCACUAACAUUAUCACAUGAUUUACUGGUGCUGUUUUAUCCUUGAGUCUGGACAAUGUUACUUUUAGUGUUAAUGACUCACUGCCUCCAUCGCAGUGAGAGAAUUUUAGUUACAAGGGGCUUUUAUUUCCCCCUUUAAUAUACCAGGCUUUUAUUUGAGUUAACGUUCAUCAACUUGCAGGUUACACCAUCAGUAGGUAGAUUUAUUAUUGGAUAACAAUUCCACAAUGAACACAGUAUUCCUUUAUUUCUGAGGGAAACAAUCACAUUGCCUUUGUCACUGGAGCGUGUGGUCAGGAGUAGGUGGAGCACGACUUGUGGAAAAGCAGCUAUAAAAAGACAAGUGAAAUUUCAGCUGAAAACAUCACAUCCACCACAAUCAAUACCAAAUGCUGGCACUGCUUUACUUGUCUGCCUGGAAUGCUUUUUGUUGGAGGCCUGACCUGAAGCACUGUUCAGUUUCUUUGUGUUGAAUGGAAACAGACUAAAUGCCUUUUUGCGUACAUUUCCUGCCCUUAGUUUGAAUGAUGCCUGCAAAUUCUAAUUAAUCUAUUCACCCAAAAUACGUUUUAGCCAAAUUGAUAUUGCUGCCCUUUAUUGAUUCAGGCAGUGUUCAUGUUUUAUGUGCUUGUGGUGCUUUGCGUUUUCUUUUUGUUAGGGCUGUACCAAGAAGUUUGAAGCUUCAUUCAAAAUCAUUCGAAUGCUGCAGUUUCUUUAGUUUAAAGAUGAUAUUUCUGCACAGUUGCAAGUAGAGAUUAGGCUACACUAAUAUUAUCAGUCUUAUACUAUUUGUAGAACUAGAUUCCAGUGUGGCUGCGUACGAUUGUUUCUAACUUGUUUGAUCCAAACAUUUCCAAUAACUACAGAGCGUCCAAAAGUCAAAAUGUAUUGGGAUUAUUUUUUUUUAUAAUUUCCAAAAUUCACGUUUUUAUCUAACCAAAUACUCGGUUUCAAUCUGUAUUAGUUGGCGGUGAGUCCUUCCAAAACAUUUUCACUGCAGUCAAAAACUUACCUCACACCUGUAUUAACGAGGUGCAAUAUGACUGCACCAUAAUUACAUUUAUAUAACAAUAACAAACGAUUUCAGCUCUAACAGCAUUAUAGUAAAUGAGUUAAGUGGUUACGAAAGAAAGGAUCAUUAUGUAUGUGCAUCACUUUCAUCUGAACCACUGUAGAAAGAAGUGGAAGAAAUUGUUUAAUAAAAAAAGACUUUAAAUCAGAAGAAUCACUUUAUUUUAAUUGAGGAUAUUUUUUUUUAUUUAGGGUGAUGACGUCCUAAAAUAUGACGACAGCGAUCCGAAGCUUCAAUAGAAGCUUUGAAUGUAAAAGGAAUAUGUUAUUUGAUACAGCCCUACUCUUUGUGCAUUUACAGUAACAGGGCUCAGAGGGAGGAGGAUAAUCCCAGAUUUAAACGAGUGGACCAACUACUAAUCCCUCUUUGGACUGAGAUGUAUGACGUGUUUGUGUGAAGUGAAGCUGCUGUAUGAGUCGGGAGUCGAGCCAAUCAAAGCUUCUCGGCAGGUUCCCAUCAUGUCAACUGAAAAUUGAAUGGAUGAACGUUAUCUUCAGUUUGAAUGACUCCCUAAUGUUUCAUGUUUUCCAAAUACUUAGUGUUUAACGAAUUGACCAAAAGCACUGUUUGAAUGAUCCAAAUAAUUUUUGUUGAUAAACAAGCCUGGACAGUUACAGCGGUUAAAGUGUCGCUGGGUUUUAUAAGAACUGUAAGGUUCAAAGGUCAAACACGCUCAUGUCGUCAUAUUUUAUCAUACUGACUUUCCACGUUGAUGUUUGCAGUUUAAUGUGUAACCGAGGCGACGCUAGUUUAGAUUGAGGUUCUAAUUUGGAUACGUGUCGGGCUGAGCAAUUUGAUUUUCUUCUACCAUUCCUGUACAACAAUGUGUACUGUGUUUAGGACACUCCACUUUUUACUCCACUAACUUUUUGUUACAAUAUUUAUUUUUAUGUGCCAUUGUGUUGCCACUGCAUUGUUCACAGUAUGCAAACUAUGUAUUUAUUAUGUAGUGUUAUUUAGAUAAGGCAGCAGAAUGUGUCAGAUUUAUUUUCUCAUAAUCAACAUGGACAGUAUGAUUUUAUUUCCACAGAACACGUCUUACACGCAGUUUUAGUUUUUUUCCUAAAUUGAGGACAGUGACCUAAAAGUCUCACAGUAUUUAUUGUGUGGCAUAGCAUCAUAUUGAAGGGGGCUUUUCAGAAGAAAUGUCUUACACUUUCCUUGCUGAAAACUUAGCAGGGCUUAAAGCAAGGGCAGUUAGUGUGAAGAAAUAAAACUGAUGCAAAACCAAGGAUGUUAAUUUCUUUGCUUCAUAUCUGAUCUGAGGGGAAUCAUUGCUGCCUGUGUGUGUCGGGUCUGAGAGGUUGGGAGACUAACAAUGAUACAGUGCUUCUGUUCAGGUAUAUGGGAGAUGGGUAUAUCCACACGGAGAUGGAGAACCAUGUUAACAGCUUUCUUCAGGUGGGAAACACCGUCUUGGAGUAAAUUCACUACUUUUCAAUCACUGGUGGGCAUUAAAUAUCUGUUGCUUAGUCACCUCUAGAUCUGCCCUAUCAGAUGGGGAAUGUUUUUGUAUCAUGUACAUAAUGAAGUGAAAAUAAAAAUAGAUAUUGUCUCUGA